UUAUCUGAUGAAAAUGGUGUUAAAAUCUUCACUGGCCAAGGCAUUGAGAAGACAAACGAUGUAGUGUGUGCUAUGUAUCACAGAAACAUUUAUUCGCACGAUGCAUCCAAAGACUCACUUCUGGCACUUAAACACCUGGGUAUUCUUCAAGAAUAUGAAAAGAUGUCAAAUAGCUACACGAAACGUGACAAUAUUGGACAGAAAGAAUUUUCCAGGAAAGGAGGAAGUGUGCAUGUCUAA